CUCCGUAGAACAAUAUGCACGGGCCAUUUAUAGGCAUUUGGCCAUCCAUCAGCAGUUACAUGUAUGUGUAAAACAUACUGCUCUCGUGUACGAAUAUUUAUUUUUAUCGGCCAACAGGAAAGUGACACUUGCUCCAGGUAGUACUGCAGCGUUUGCACUAAGGCAUGACUGUAAUCCGUAUUUGUCUCGGUCGUUCUCUAAUAUCUCCUCCUCCCACUGUUGUGUGUGUGCAUGCGUGUUUCUUUCCUAGGUGGCUAUGGACCCUCCCAUGAGGCAGGGCCAGACGCGCUACCCUUUUCUGAUUCUCAUCCUCAACAAGGAAGAGUCGAUGGAAGCAGAGGUGGCACUGUAAGAAGAAGAGCUGGAGAAGCAGUACCAGGGUAAGCUGACUCAGCAGAUGAAUGGGCCUAUUAACGAGGUGCUGAGCCGCGUCAUGAAGGCAGUCGCUUCAAAGAAGAUCGUCGUGCCUGGCAAUUACCGAAGUCAGUGCGGCGGGCAGUGCAUCAGCUACAGCUACAAGGCCAGCCAUGGCAUGCUGUUCCCGCUGGAGAAGGGCUUAAUCUUUGUGCACAAGCCCGUGCUGCACGUGCGCUUCGAUGAGGUGGUCGCCGUCAAUUUCUCGCGCGGCGGCACUGGAACUCAUCGGUCGUUUGACUUUGAGUUAGAAGUCAAGAAUAACAUUGUACACAUCUUCCAGAGUAUGGACAAAGAUGAGUACAGUCGCUUGUAUGACUUCUGCUCAGCCAAGAAGCUCAGGAUCCGCAAUAAGGGCGGCAAGUCGGGCAGUGCAACGUAUCGCGACGACUUUGACGACGACGACAGUGACCAAGAUGCGUAUUUGGGGAAGGUGAAGGCGGAGGGUGCUUCCCGCAUGGACGAUACAGAUUCUGAUGAUUCAUCGUAUGUUGCUGGCGGUAGCGGAGAGGAUAGUGCUGGUGAUUUGGAGUUUGAUUCUGAUGCUAUGUUGUCGAGUGAUGAGGAGAAUGCAGCCAAGACAGUCCCGGCUGUGGAUGAGAGCAAGAAGAGGAAGAAGGCACCAAGCAAGCCGAAGCAGCCAAAGGAGAAGGUAGAAAAAGCAGAAAAGAAAGAAAAGAAGGAACCGAAAGAAAAGAAGGAACAGAAAGAGAAGAAGCAAAAGCCAUCAGCCAGCUCUACGAGUGUGGCGAAAGCCAAGAAGAAGGAAGCACCGAUCUCGAAGGAGGAGAUCAGUGAUAGUGACAGUGGUGGUAGUGAUGUUGUCAUGGAGGAUGAGAGUGAUGAUGAUGGGGCACCGCCGGCAAAGAGGUCCACACGCUCACGACGCGGACAGUCGAACGACGAGGAGCUAGCCCAGCUGCCGUCCGAAGGCUCGAAUGAUGAGGAAGAAGCCGAGCUAACGUCUGGAGCUAGUGACGUAGGCAGUGAUGAUGGUGAUGAAAGCGACUGAGCAGACUGAGCUAAGCUUGCGCGUGCGUGCGUGGGACCAUUGGUAACCAUUUGCCGUGCGUCGACUCCCUGCUGUUUCCGUGCUUUGUGUGUUGUUGUCGCUGUGUGUCUUUGUGUGUGUGUGUGUGUGUGUGUGUGUGUACGUGCGUGUGUGUGGUGUGUGUGUGUGUGUGUAUGUAUGUGUGUGCGUUCAUUUUCAUGAAUGUGUUCAUUUACGUGUGGUGUUGUUAAAUUUGUUUUACUAUGUUGGCGUCUCGUUGUCUUUGUGUGGCUUUGAACUUUAAAUUACACUGCUGCAUGUUGAGCCGUACGUUGCAGUACAUCAGAUGUUCAUGUGCCAUGGAAUGUAUAUAUUGGACCCUGUAGUACUGUUGCUGCCACCGAAAGUCAUACAGUUUGGUUGUACAUGUAACAUUACAAUACCCCAUAGCCUUCUCUGUUUCUGCCGCUUCUUAUGCUGCUUAGGCUUUCUCACACUUCUAUGACCUGGCCUGGUUGCCAUGGGUUUUUUUAAAGACUUGAAUUCCUUACUCUGAUUGAGCCUCUGUCUGUGAUUCGAUGCUCUUAUACACGCUUUGCUUUGCUUGGCCAACUACUCGCUUCA